AUGUCGGAAGAGCACCUUCGUAAGGCGCUCCUUUAUCCUUCGGGAACCAAACUGGACUACACGGAUGCUCUACGCAAAGAUAUUGCGCAAAAUACGCCAAUACCGGAAACGCAAUUGGAUCCGGCCUUGCUGGGAGACAACGGUCUACCACAAGUGCCACCACUGCUGUGGCUCGGAUGGGCCAUGACAGACCUCGAGGCGCUCGAUUUCAUCCAUGCGAAAGGAAUGUACGACCUCGUCAGCUAUCUCGGGGAUCGAGACGAGGACAAGGUCGAUUACGAGGACACACUAGAAACCGAUGACAUAUCUGUCGAAAUCGUCACAAAUGCGGACAUCGGGAACGCCAAUGCACCCUACGUCAAGUUUGUGCAAGUCGUGCGCUGCGAUGACACAACGGGUUACGCGUUGACUGUGGGUGAUAACCGCGAUUGCACACUUUGUCCCACAGAUGUCGAGAAACUGGGACACUAUGUCGGGAAGGAACAAAGUGAGAUACAGUGGCAUUUGGACCCUGUGCACUGGCGCUGGGAAGCCCGAAAGAGUGAGUAG